CUCUUGCCACCAUGUCCAUGCUCGCUGCCCUCCGCACCCCCGCCCGUCGGACCGCAUUUGCCGCAGCGCCUCGCGCUGCUAUGCGCACUAGCAUGCGCGUUCGUCCCUCCUUACGCAAAUACGCAACUGAGUCCGCCCCGAACCCCGAGCCCAAGUCGGGUAGCAAUGCCUGGCUCUAUGGCUCAGUUGGUGCUGCUGCACUCGUAUCCGUUGGAUACUACGUCUACGCCACAUCGGAUGUGGGCAGAGAGGCGGGCACUGCGGCCAAGUCUGCUGGCCAGGCUGUGAAGGUCAAGGCCAACUUCGUCCCGACGAAGGAAGAUUACCAGAAGGUUUACAACGAGAUUGUCAACAUUUUGGAGGAAAAUGGCGAAUAUGAUGAUGGUUCUUACGGUCCCGUCCUCGUUCGUUUGGCGUGGCACAGCUCCGGUACGUACGAUAAGGAGACGAAGACCGGCGGAAGUAACUAUGCUGCGAUGCGCUUCGAGCCGGAAUCUCUUCACGGUGCCAACAACGGCUUGAAUGUUGCUCGGGACUUGCUUGAGAAAGUGAAGGCAAAGUUCCCAUGGAUAAGCUACGGUGAUCUCUGGACUCUUGCCGGCGUGUGCGCAGUUCAGGAAAUGGGAGGUCCGAAGAUCCCGUGGAGAGCCGGUCGCAUUGACGGCUUCUCUAAGGACGCGACUCCAGAUGGCCGACUUCCGGAUGCCAGCCAGGGCUCAGACCACGUUCGAAACAUAUUCUACCGAAUGGGAUUCAACGACCAGGAAAUUGUUGCUUUGUUAGGUGCACAUGCUCUGGGACGUUGCCAUACCGAUCGCUCUGGAUUUGAGGGUCCCUGGACGUUCUCACCAAUCACAUUCACCAACGAUUUCUUCACUCUCCUUUUUAAUGAGAAGUGGAUUUGGAGAAAAUGGAGUGGUCCCAAGCAGCUACAGGACAAGAAGACUGGUUCUCUUAUGAUGCUGCCGACCGACUACGUUCUUGUUCAAGACAAGAACUUCAAGAAAUUCGCAAAGGCAUAUGCAGAUAACCAGGAUAUUUUCUUCGAAGAUUUCUCGAAGGCAUUUGCCAAGCUUCUCGAACUCGGUGUUCCCGAGAGUCAAUGGGUUGCUCAGGAGCCAUGGCUGUUGAAGAACACGGAUGAGCAAAAGUCCCAAUAGAUCCAGAAUUAUUUUCUUGCACACGCCAUCCCGAUCCCGUCAGAUAGAUUUAGAGUUCCGGCUCGGUUUAGACCUAGAUCUACAUCCCAACUCUAGAUAAUUUAAAUUAGGGCCUACGUCUUACCUACCGAUAUAUUUUUGUUUUGCGUCCAGCUGCUGUUUGUCUUAUUGCUCACUAUCUUUAAUCAAUUUAUUGUCGC